CGCGGGUGUCUGUGGUCGGGGGCGCGCGCGGGUAGGCGGGGGGAUCGGGAACACGUCGGCGGGCGGCAGCGGCAGCGGGAGCGGGAGCGCGCUGGGCGUGGUGUGGGCGGCGGAGCUCGGGACCCGGAGACAGAGGCCGCGCCGGCUGCACGCCCCGUCCUCCCGCCGCAGCCCCGGGACACAGGCCCCAGCCCCCAGCCCCGGCCCCGCCAUGAUCGAGCGGCCCGAGACCGCCGCCUGCGGCCUCCCGUAUGCCCGUUCCCUGGAGGGAUACGUGGGAUUCGCAAACCUUCCAAACCAGGUGUACAGGAAGUCAGUGAAACGAGGCUUUGAGUUCACAUUAAUGGUUGUGGGUGAGUCGGGACUUGGCAAAUCAACAUUGAUCAAUUCACUCUUCCUGUCAGACCUGUAUUCCAAGGAAUACCCUGGUCCUUCACUCCGGAUCAAGAAAACUGUACAGGUUGAACAAGCAAAGGUUCAGAUCAAAGAAGGAGGAGUGCAACUCACACUGACCAUUGUCGACACCCCAGGGUUUGGAGAUGCAGUGGACAACAGUAACUGUUGGCAGCCAGUCGUGAAUUAUAUCGACAGCAAGUUUGAGGAUUUCCUGAACUCUGAGUCCCGAGUGAACCGGCGGCAGAUGGCAGACACGCGGGUGCACUGCUGCCUGUACUUCAUUGCUCCCUCAGGACACGGGCUGAAGCCUCUGGAUAUUGAAUUUAUGAAGCGUUUACACGAGAAGGUGAAUAUUAUUCCACUCAUUGCUAAAGCAGACACACUCACUCCUGAGGAGUGUCAACACUUCAAGAAACAGAUUAUGAAGGAGAUCAAAGAGCAGAAGAUUAAGAUUUAUGAAUUUCCAAAUGCAGAAGAUGAAGAUGACAAUAAAUUGGUGAAGAAAUUUAAGGAUCGUGUACCCCUGGCAGUUGUUGGAAGCAACCUUGUCUUUGAGGUCAGUGGGAAAAAGGUCAGAGGUCGGCAGUAUCCGUGGGGAGUGGCGGAAGUUGAAAAUGGCGACCACUGCGAUUUCUCCAUUUUGCGCAACAUGCUGAUCAGGACACACAUGCAGGAUCUGAAGGAGAUCACCAACAACGUCCACUACGAGAACUAUCGAAGUCGGAAGCUGGCGGCAGUGACGGGCAACGGGGUUGAUGCCAGUAAGACGAAAGGCCGCCUCACCAGGAGCCCUCUGGCUGAGAUGGAGGAAGAGCGUCGAGAGCAUGUGGCCAAGAUGAAGAAGAUGGAGACGGAGAUGGAGCAAGUCUUUGAAAUGAAGGUCAAGGAGAAGAAACAGAAACUGAAGGACUCUGAGAACGAGCUGCAGCGCCGACAUGAACAGAUGAAGAAGAACCUGGAGGCUCAGUACAAGGAGCUGGAGGAGAAGAGGAAGCAGUUUGAGGAAGAGAAAGCAUCCUGGGAGGCAGAGCAACGCAUGCUGGAACAGCAGAAAUUGGAUGCAUCAAAAACAAUGGAGAAAAACAAGAAGAAAGGGAAGAUCUUCUGAAGAGGUUAUUUUUAGUGCAAAUGUUUUAAGGCUCAUGCGUUUGGCCACAUUGCAAUGUAGGAACAUUGCUUAAACCUGCUCAUCAGACAAUUAUUCAGCUGCCUGCAAGCCCAGGGCUGGUGAAAAAGCAGUAAAUCUUCAUAGGAUCCUGGCACUGAGCUCCUUUGCAAUGGGCCUCUUGUUGUCGUGUCUUAAAAUCUUGCGAAUCACAAGCUGUGUAGUGGUGGGGACGUUUGCUACUUGCUGUCGAUGCUGCAUGUUCCUUCCACUGGCCUCCAUUGCCUGGUUUGGUAAGUGAGUAAGGCUCAGGACUCCACACUGUCUGCUUGGUGUCCAAACGCUGCCGCUCACUCACCCAGCCCAAGGUUUACAGUGAGGCUCCAUCCAAUUUGGCCAUUUGAAACCUUCCUCGCACCUCCCCCCCCCCCCCACCAGUAGUAUUUUGCUGAGAGUGUUGGAGCUGAGCAGUUCCAGUGCUGGCAGUUGUGGCCUGCAUGGGGUCUGCAGUUUCCAACUCUCAUUGGACCUUGGUGGACUAUGGAGACAGGCCACUGUCAGAUCACAGUGCCAAUGUUGAUCAUUCCACACAACAAAACUGAACGAUUUCUGUUUCAUACUUGAGGUGGGGUAGUGUCAAAUGUGACACAGAAGCUCAUGCAAUAAGAAUCACUUCAAGUAGAACAGCCAGAAGGAAAUAACUCUAAUAAUAUUCUAUUUGUAUCAGUAGUUCACCUGUUCAAAUGUCCUAUGGGUUAGGGACUGAUUGGCUAUAAGGGGAACCUGUUUAGUCCCAUUGGUGUGAGGUUGUCUGUCUGAUGCAAUGGUCCCCUGUAUUGUGGAGUUUCCUGGAUGGGGGCAGCAUCUUCUGUGUUGGGUUGGCAACUUGUCCUCCAGUCAGAGGCAGUGCCAGGCUGCUCUUCACUUGUGUUUGGCCAGAUGCUGAGUCCAUAGCGAUAUAUCAGAGAAUUUCACACCCAGCCCAAGAGUAGAGCCAGAAGAAGCUAACCCUGUUCUAUCCAGACUGGUGGCUGUAGUUCUUCAGUCCACUUUCUGGAAGAGCAUGUGUUGUGUAAGCUUGCUGUGCUUCCCUGCAACCUGUGAACCCUGGACAGCCCCCACUCCCCUUGUUGGCAUGUUUACUGUGUCCCUUGAGGCCGCACUAUUCCACUUCUCCCACCAGGGCUUCUGCCUCCUCAGGCCAUUUCCACAUCUAGUUUUGUAUGAGAGGAACUAAGUGCAGGCACCAAUUAUAUUUGGGUCCUUGUAGAUCACUCCCAAUGUGCUUGUGAAGUUGGUGUUAACCCAUGACUCUAGCUGCAGAGUAGAUCCAAAACCGUGAAUGACACAACAGCCAAAAGGUUUGCAAUGUUUUUUUUCUCUUGCUGAUCCAUUUUAUUUGCAUGUGAAGAGUCGGAAGAUGUUCCUUUUCAGCCUUGUGAACAGACCUCUCCUCAUCUCUGCUUUGUGACCACUCCUCCACCCUCAUUGUGCCGGUGUCUCUCUCUGUACUGGGCCAUGCUCCCACUCUCUCUGCCCUCUCCCCUUUUUCAUUCCUUUUCUCUGUUUACUUUUUUCUGCUGUCAACUUGCCCCGUACCCCCCCCUCCCUCCCUCCCUCCCUCUCUCUCUCCCCCUCUCCCUCUCUCUCUCUCUUUCUUUUUCCCCCCUCCCUCCCUCCCUGCUUGUCAGUGCUGGGAUAGGGACCUUUAACCCUUGUGCCCUUUCACACAUGCUCUGCAUUAGGGUCUCCCAGUGCCUGUCUGUGUUGGGAGAGGGGACUCCUCUCCUCUCUUUCUGUGCUGACCUCUCUGCACCGAGUCUCUCUCACCCAGUGCCCUCACCUUAUUCUCCCUCUCCUACCAUUUGCCUUCCAUUGUCUGCACUGCGGUUCUCUCGACGUUGGCUCCGUGAGCAGCAAGCUCUCCCUUCAUGGCUCACACUACCCUGUGUUGUACCGUGGCCCUGUGCAUUUUCUGCCAAUAUUUCAGCUGCUUCACUGUGAUAAACUGCCUUCAGCCAAGGAGGGUGAAGGAGGAGAUGGAGCUACGUUCAGGCAGGGGACCUGGAGCUGACAAGUUGAAUUGGAAUCUCAUCUUUUAUGUUUUUUUUUAAAGAAAUAAGCUUCACUUGAUGUUUUAUAAUUAUCACUACCACUUAGUAUACGUAUAAAAUAAAAAGUAACCUCUGUGGUAUCAAG